AUGAAUCCAGUUAAAGUCUUGCUUACAGUUUUCUUCUUGGCUACCUUUUCAUCUGGUAAGUGAGACCAAAGGAAACACGUUUAUAUUGAUGUAUCGAUGUAGCUUUCAUAGCUAUAAUAGGUUAUUGGGGCGUCCAGACAUGACUGUCGGCGCCUUGACUGAUCGCUGUUUUUUUACCACGCUAAAAUACCUCCCUGCUCACUGAUUUCGACUAUUCGCGCAUACAUGUGUGAUGAUGGCGAUCAUCGCCUUGAGUAAUCUUUGCAGUAGAGCCAAGAGAUGUGUUCUGGCUUUUAAUCUCGAGCGAGGAAAAUGAGGAGAGUGCGUCUAGAGUGAGCAUACUUUUAUGUUAAACAAUGAUCUCAAAGCGCAAAACGUUAAUGUCGGCCAAUCGCCGAAGUGAUACGCGUUCUUCUUAUUUAGCACCUCCUUUUUCUGAUUUGCUGUAAUAGUUGUUGCAAAUUAUCUUUACGCUCUACUCUAUGCUCUUCACAAACCCUCUAUUUUCUCUUCAAAGUCCGUCGAGCGCGCGUGAUAAAAAAUCAACCGCGGAGGAUUUAUUCAUGACCGCCAGCGCAAGGGGGGAAUUAGUGGGAGAAAAAGAAAAUACAGUCACGAUAUCUACAGUCACUUUGGGACCAACUGGAACUUUUCUCCGCGCUCGUUUUCGCGCGCUCAAAAAGAACAAAAAGAAAAAUAAAACAACGUCUUAUGUGAGUCAUGGCAACACUAGAAAACACCUGCCUUAAGUCGGUACAUAAUUAUAAUUAUUGCUUCUCUUCUAUUUUUGUUACUACAGUUAACUAGAAACAAGAUCUCAAAUCAUGAUUAUAGAACAAAGCAAAGAAAUGAAAAGGUCCGGACUUGUAAUUAUCGUUUUUCGUCUAUAAUAUUCCCAACACUGGUCCGCGUGGGUUUCGGCCUAUUUCCGUAUGCUUUUUUUAAAAUUUUGUCGGGCCUUUCUAGUUCCCGCAUUACUUAAGCAACAAAAUUAUGUUUCAACUGCUGAGUUCAUCCUAAGUAUUAAGUCGAUGCCAAAAGGUUUAGAGUUAUAAUUGGAAUUGGGAGAAAAGAAGCUCCAAAUUAAUUUCGGACUGGUCUUUAUAUUAGCCUAGUGACGAUUUUAUUUCAUUUCAGACUUCUACGGAAUGUUUAUCGUUUUACAUUACUUGAAUGUAAUGAACAAAAAAGAGAAAAGAAAAGUUAUACAUAAAAAAAUAACGAAAAAGUCAAUUUUCAUUUCGCAGUCACCAAAGUAACAUAGGGAUGCUCGAGUUGGCCAAUGGUACAAAAGAAACGGGAAAAUAACUGUAUCAAAUUGCAGAAUGGAUUGUAUAACUGUUUACUAUGUAUCACGCUGCCAUCUUUGUGUUUGAGAAGGAAUAGAAACUUUUUGAAAGCCAAAACAGCGUUCUCACUGGCUAAUGAGAACCAAAGUUGUUCUGUAUGCAAAUUCAGGCUUUGGGCUGCGUCGCCCUUUUUUCUGUUUGAAUUCAAACUAAGGUCAAACUCUAUUAAGCCAGUGUCUUCCUUUGGAAGUCUGCAGGCUGUUAUAAAAUGACUGACACCAAUAGGAGCCUUUUGCCGGUCUUUUCGUUACUAUCAUAGUCUCAUCUGGUACGUGAAGAUUACUUAAUUAAAGUAUUUUAGCAUUUUAAGGGUAUGAAUCGUUUUCUUUCGUCCAUAAAAAUUGAAGUAAACAUUGAGUUCUAGCUGCCUUUGUAAAAGUGCUUAUUAGUAUAAAGAUUGAAACGUAGAGCAACCACAACGGCAACCGGCAGCGAAAACGACGCUAAUAAAGUGAAUUCGUUUUUCACAUUUCAUCGCGAUUUUUGCAGUUCACCUAAAUGGUGACUAUGAUAUAGACAAAGUUUCCUGUAGGCGAUUUUUACUUUCUUGACUACCACAAGACUCUUGAAUAGGGUACAAUUAACAAAACGAGUUAAAUUUCCAUCAUGAACCCAACAAAUAAGUAGAGAACAAAUUGAGGGAAAUGUGAGAUUGAAUUUUUCAUUUUCCAGCUGUUUUUACAAGAGAGGAUGAGGUUGAUCAUUAAUACUAUUAUUUAGCGCAAACACAACAAAGAGACAACUAUAGAAAAGGAAGAAAAUCACUCAGCUUGCUGGACUUUUACUCUGUUUGAACGUCAAUAAUGCGAUAUUAGGGAGCUUAAGCAACUACGACGACGACAACUUCAAAAAACAAUGGGUUUAAGGAUCAAAACAACAGCUCUGCACGUGCAUCAUGCUUUUUAGUACAUUUUUUGACGUCCACUGCACGACUACGACGCGAAACCUCCUAAUUUGACGUUUUAUGGAGGACGUGGACAUACAACGACGAAUUUUCCUUCUUCUUUUUUGAACUUGAAUAAAAUGCUUAAGAAUUCAACUCCAGGAAAAGUCGCUUGCAUUUGACAUAUUGAGCGGGUCCAAAAAGAUGGGAUGAAGUUUGAAAGAACGCAAAUUCAUUUUUUACCGAAGUUUUCACUGCCGUCGUCGUCGUCGUUGCUUAAGGUCCCUAUUAAAGUUACAGCCAGAAAAUGCAUUAAGCGAGCCAUUGAAUAGAUUAAAACUUGCAAAUUUCAGUGUUCAAGGAAAAAAAACCUAAGCUUCAGUUACGUUGUAGAACAUACUAGAUAAAUGAGAUAGUUUUUAACUAAGGAAAUAAUUGUGGUGUAGACUCUGUCGGUACGCGGGUUAUCAGUUACAGAAAAACGGAAUUUUUUAAUUAGUUGGUAACACGUUAAGGAGAUAACGUCUCAAAACAAGCCCUUGGGCAGAGGCCGGCAAACAUAGUUAAUAGCGAAGAAUGAUUUUUUAAUGUUGCAUGUUUUUGUGGCCUUCAGGAAGGUGCAUAGUGUUCAAUAGCAUUCCUAUCAUGUUGAUCGUAACGACCAAUAAAUCCAUCGCAUUAAAUUCCUCCUCAUGAUUCGUUGCUAUUUGUGAACGGAAAACAAAGGAUUAUGCAGCGUCGGGGAGCUCCCAGCAUAAACUGCAGCACUGUUGCUUUUAUCUUUGAUGUUUGUCAUCUCCUUCUAUAACCAAUCUCCCCUCCUAACUGUGGGCCACAUAAACAUGUCGUUUAGACAAAUCGCUGGCAGGCGGUUUCUAGGUGCAGACAGAGAAGCUGCAAGUAAUACCGAUCAUAAGCAAUUCACCGCAUAAACUGAUGAAAAAUUUUAAGAGGAACCAGAAGAUGAAAUCCCGAUCGCUACUUAGUCGAGAAAACUCAACUAAGUGCCUUGCUCUAAAAGAUAUGGAUAUGGUGUUGCCCAUGAUACAAAAUUAUAACGUAAAUAACCAACAGAGCUCGAAGCAUGCGAGUCACAAUGAAUACAUUCCGAUUUGCUUUGUUGUAUUUCAGGUAUUUGAAUCUGUCUUGGCGAUUACUUCUUAGGCUGUGUCAUCAAGACAAGUCUGUGCUUGCUCCAGGAAUUAUUUCCUGAAUUCUUUCCAGUUAAAGACAAAAUAAUUUGUUAAAGUUACAGAAAUUAAGUUUUUGAUAUUAUCUUUCCCAUAGUGAUGAGUCUCAAAUGCAAUGUAUGCAGCAGCGCAGAGUCUUGGGAUAAGUGUUCAAACACGGAAACGACCUGCCCUUCUGGCAUGGAGGAGCGCUGCAUCAAAGUUUACCUCAAAUAUGGGGAGACAAAAGCCUUUGUCAGGGGUUGUGGACCUAAAGAUUACUGCGACAAGGACAAGAACCCAACAUGCAAAUUAGCUGAAAGUGUGUCAGGUGCUGAAUGCGAGAUCAACUGUUGCGAAGGAGAUCUUUGCAACGCUGGUUCGGCAGCCAAGAUCAGCGGCAUCAUGUUGUUGGCAUGCGCUCUGGCCGUUCUGAUGUUCUAA